AUGGGGGUAAAGGUUGUAUUUUAAGGCAAGGGCGGUUUCCAGAAAGACGGGCUUUGGUUGGAAGGUGGGUUGAGUGCCCGACAGAUGAGUGCACCUUAUUCCGCACCCCCGCGCCCGCCUUGGGAACUACACCAGGCCCCCCCAGCUCUCACGCAGACGAUAGUGCGGCCUGCGGGGCUCCCCUGGCGGACGAGGCUAAUGGUUCGCCCCGCCCCGCCCACACAGAGGCCGCCCACUGGCUCCAGCUGCGUUUCUUGACUUUGGUCAGACCGGUUACUGAGGAAGGCGCUUGGCUCUCGCCCUCCGACCCUCCUUGGGGUAGGACGCAUUGUCUUCAGUUCGGCCCCCUCAUUCAGACCCAGCCUCUGCCCUCCGAUUUGACCCUCGGAAGCCGGCCUAGCUUCCGCCUUCAGACCUGGGGAGAGGUCUCUACCAGCGUCUCAGACCAGAUUCUGGCUUCAUCAGGGCUUAAUCUCCACCUCAGCUCUUCUCUCUCCCCCACACCUCAAGAUACUCUACCCCCAGGCUGCAGGACAGAAACACGGACACUCAAAGAGGGUCAAACAUCUUUAAAUAAGGAGCCAGUGACAAUAAAUACUGUACAGGGGGAGAGGGUGAGGGUGAAGAUCCAGAUCUCUGAUUUCAGCCUCGAGAUUCCAAGGACCUGCGAGGAGGGUGAAGAGAGGGGAGCCAGGCUCAGGGAAGGAACCCUGGGGAGCAUAAGAAAGCUAGGACUGGGGUUUCUGAGGGGAGGGCCCAGGUAGGGGUUGAGGAAUUCCAGGAGUAGGUGGGGAUGAGAGGGAGCUAGAGCAUCCCAGGGAAUUAGUUCACAAGGGUCCCAAGUGGGAGUCUGAGCCAGGGGGUAAGGAGAGGAGCCAGGGCUGGGGGAGGCCAUCAAGGUCCUAGGAAUCACUGGCCUGGUUUGAGAAUCUGGGGUUAAGGGGAAGCAAUGGAAGCCCCAGGGGCGUGGUGACCAGGGGCUCACGAGUAGCUCUGGUGCUGCUGGCGCCUGCGUGCAGAGCGCAUCUUCUCGAAGCGGGCCUCCAUUUCUUCCAGCACUCGAGGUGUGUAACGCACCACCAGCUUCACCGAGCCCUGGGCCGCCUUCAGUAACUCCACGGCCUUCUCAUGCUGCUCACCCUCAACACUCUGCAGGACAGGACCACACAAGACAGCUGGGCCUGGGCCUGCUACCCUUGCCCAGCCCUGGCCCAGGAAACUGGAUGAAUGCUGGUGAAGCCGGUGCCUGGCCUAGAUGCCAUGACUUCCUAUCCUCCUUGUAGGAGGGUCAUUGACUUUGGCUCAGCAUUCUCCCUAAAACUGUCCAUAUUCCCCAUGCCAAGGACACUCUCAUGCCCCGAGGCACUGAGCCAGGCCAUCUUGUCAUCUCCCUCCCAGAGGCCACUAUUACCCUCCUUCUCGAUACUCACAGCCUUGGUCAUAGCUCGGGUCUUGUCUUCUCCCCUCUGGACUCAACCCUCUCCAUCCAUCUCCCACAGAUUCCCAGAAGGUGUGUAAUGCACCUUCUCCAAGCUAUACCUCUCCCUCUGGUACACUCAGCCUUCCCAUGGCUCCACAGCACCCCUAGAGCUAAUGCCAGCUUCGCAGGCCCCAUUUACCUAGUUUACUUCUACUCUAACCACACGGUUUUAAUUAACUACAUGCCCCAGACCUCCAUCAGACCAAGCCCUUUCUCUUCAUCUCAAAGGAGUGCAAAGUCAAAGUCCCUUCCUAUAAUACGCUCAGGAAUACUUUUCACUUUGUCUGGAGAACUCCAACUCAUCUUUCAACACCCAAAUCAAAUUUUCCUUCUUCUGCAAAAACUUUCCUCAUCUACACUGGACUGGUGCCACAUCUGGGCUCUCACAAUGCUUUGGAUUUCCUCAUGAUUAUGUCUGUGGAUCAGGACUAUUUCAGUCAGGGUCUACGCUGUCACUAGAGAGGGAGUCCUUGAGUACUGGAGGUGCUUCCCACAGGGUUUGCAGCACUGUACAGCAGAGGGCUGGCCCCAGAAGCAGUGCUAAGCUAGUGCACUGAAUGAACGUCAGCCAGGGACUGCUACAGCUGGGUCCCAGACCUGCUUCAGCCCUCCACUCACCACACCAUUCACCGACAGCAGUUGGUCCCCACGUUUCAGACCCCCAUGGCGAUCGGCCACUCCUCCAGGAAUGACACGGGAAAUGUAGAUGGGCGAGUUCUGCUCUUUGCCACCCAUGAUGUUGAAGCCCAGGCCCUCAUCUGUCUUGGGCAGCUCCACUACUCUGGGAUGUGCAUGGCCCUCACUGGCUGUGAAAGCAGCCACCGUCGCCUAGGAGAAAGUGUCCAGAAGUGAGUAACCCCUCCGUGGUGGGCAAGUGUGCUAGGGUCAGGGAUCUAGGCUGGGGACAGCAAUUUAAGCCAGAUUGUUUUCCCUGAGCAUGAGGGAACCUGCCAUCACUCUACACAAAAUCACUAGGUGGCAACAGGAUGUUCUUUUGAGUUCGGGCAUGCUUAUGGCAUGUCAGGGAAGUAAGUCUACAAAAUACUCUGCACUGGACAAUCUUGCUUUUUAACAUAUGAAAACUAGGCCUGAGGGGAAUGGAGAGCCUCCAGGAAGCAAUGAGAAGCAUCAUCUAAUUAUAGUUUAAUAAGAUUUCUAUGUUUUAUUGACAUUUUACUGUAGAGAUGUUUAGGGUUAUCUUCUAGGCAGCCAUGUGAUAUUGUUUCUAUUUCUAGUUGCUAGGACAUUUAAAUUUUAAAGAUGUGCGGUUAUUUAAAGGAAAUUAUAAAUAAAUAGCCAUAAGGAUGAUGUAUAGAUUUGGCAAAAAUCAUGAAAGAGGAAAUAGGAAGGACUAGCCUCAAGAAGGCACAAGCUAGACGUGCGGGUCAGGGGAUGCCAAGAGCAACCGGGCGGGGGCGCCUACCUUGGCUGUGGCAUGAGCGCGUAUCUCAGCACUGCCAGUGAUGUCCAGCGUGUCGUAGAGCUGCUCAUACACCUGGGCGGGGACGCAGCAGCGUCAGGGAGCCACCAGCCCCCUCCUCACUUAGAGUUGUCCAGACCCUGGAUCUCCCACCCAAGGAUCCGCCCUGCAACCAGAGCCUGAGGAAACUACAACUCCCAAAGAACCCCGGAACUGCAGCGCGAGCACCGCAUGGCGAGUCGCCUCGGGAGCUGCCGGGAGGCGUAGUCCCUAGGCUCGCGACGGGAGGAGGACGAAGGCGGCCGCAAGCUGUGUCCUACCCUGGCGGCUCACCUCACGGAUGGCGGAGCAGAAGCGGCUCUGCAGGACUCGCUGGAGGGCCUGCAGCUUCUGCGGGGGCAGCUCCCCGCUGCGCUGGAGUCGCUCGAGGAGCUCCACGGCCCGGGACACGUCUGCGGGCGGGGGCGGGGGCACAGAGACACGGAGAGUCAGACACCAAGACUCGAGCCACCGAGAGACGCAGCGAGAGGUGGAGUAAGGACGAGCUCAGACUGCGCGCAGAAGGGCACCAGAGCCCAGUCGGACAUCCCGCAGAGUCAAGGGUGACGAGUGAGCGACUGCGCCAGCCAGGUGCCCGGCAGGUUCCAGGACCCUCCCCCCCAACACAAACAGAGCUGCGGGUGUACGGUGGCCACCCCUCACCAGCCGCUCGCCCACUGACCCUCCCACGCCCACGGACUGCCCAGCUCGUAGCGCCCCGCCCCGCCCACCCCGCCGGGUCCGCGCGCCCAUUGAGAGGGCCUGGCCGGGGCGGGCGGGGCCAAGAUCAGGGGCGCAGACGGCGGUCGGGUGGGCAGGGCCCCCUGGCGCGCUUACCCCGCUCCAGCCCCAGAGGCUCCACCAGCGCAGCCAUGUCGGCGCCACAGACGCCAGCCGCCUGCCUGCCCCGUCGCCGGCGAGGAGGCGGGGCUCCGUGGGGCCACGCCCCGGGCGACGGGCGCCCCCUGCGGAGGCGCCUCCAGUGUGCGCUGGGCUCCUGGCGCUGAGACGUUGGACCGCCGCGGGGUUGGUCUGUUCUUUUUCUGAUCCCUCCUAUUGCAGCUUCGGUCCGCCUGCCGAAUCGUCUGCAUCUCCUGAGUCCUGCCCACCAAACCUUUCUAUCCCCUCCUUAUUCUUUUCCCAUAUUCUCACCCUAAACAAAUGCGUGUUCAGCAUCUUCUGGACCCACGGUACAGACAUGAUAGUGAACGGGACCGACAAGCCCAUUGUUACAACUGUAGGGUGGUCGACAACUUAUGUCUGUGACUAAGAGUUGAGAGUGGGAGUUGAUCAUCUAAGAGAGAAAAGAAAUCCUCAAGGAUGUACCUUGACAAGGAGUCCUAGGACUUUGUGUCAACAAGCUCAACAAGAGGUGACGCUAGGGCUCACGUGGCUGCAGAACUGGUGGUGAAAGAUCUGGCAGGGUACAGUUUAUGGACAUUGCAUAUAGAGGAUUUGGGACUUCAUGCAAACUUCUAAGAGUAAAAUGGGAUACUUGAUUUUGUAUUUUAAGGUCUUAUUUUAACACCACGGAGAAUGGUCUGGAUGGGAGGUCAGAGGUGUCUUGGCAAGCUGCACAGUGGUUAGCACCUGAUGAAAGCAUGGAAGUGGAGACCUAGAAGAUGUCUACACCAAUUCGGGCUGAAUUCCAUGUGGGGAUCUGGAGGUGUAGGAAAAGGGAGUGUUAAGGUGCUUUGGUGCCAUUUGCCUGGAGGAGGAACAGUACAUAUUUUGAAUUUGCAGAACUGUGGUGUCCAAGAGAAUCACAGAUAUCCAGAACUAGAGCUCAGAAGAAGUGUCUGGCCUGCAGGUGGUUUUGGGGAUUUGGACACAGGCGGUAAAUAAAACUAGAGGAAUGGACAAGAAUGCCAGGCGCCAAGAGAAUAUACAAUAAAAAUGACCUAGGAUUAUUCCUCCAGAUUCUCAAUAUGUAAAGUCAGCACAGCAAAGGAUGGUGGAGAAGGUAGGAGGAAACCCAGCUGAGAGGAACCAUGAGAAGUGUUUUUUUAAAAAGAGGAGUCGUGGGGUGGGGUGUGGUGGCAAACAUCUGUAAUCCCAGCAGCUCAGGAAGCUGAGACAGGAGGAUCAAAAGUUUGAGGUCAACCUCUGCAAUUUAGUGAGUCUCUAAUAAGCAAUUUAACAGUAUCCCAUCUCAAAAAAUAAAAAAGGGCUGGAGAUGUGGCUCAGUGGUAAAGCACUCUGGGUUCAAUCCCCAGUACCAAAAAAAAAAAAAAAAAAAAAUGAGGAGUGGUCAGUUGUAUUACAUAUUGCUCCAGAAAGGAUGAGGUAGGAAUGAGGAGUGGUCAGUUGUAUUACAUAUUACAUGCUCUAGAGAGGAUGAGAUAGGAAAUGUGGACAAGACUUGUGAAAAAUCUGACUGUUGUAUUAGUCCCUUGGUUUAUUUUUUUUAGAGAGAGGAAGAGAGAAUUUUAAUAUUUCUUAGUUUUCAGCAGACACAACAUCUUUGUUUGUAUGUGGUGCUGAGGAUGGAACCCAGGCCACACGCAUGCCAGGCGAGCACGCUACCGCUUAAGCCACAUCCCCACCCCAGUCCCCUGGUUUAGUUGCCCUAGGACAUGGGGCCCAGAAAAGGGCUUUUUCAUAUUGGCAGGACAAGAGCAGUCUUGGCCAGCUAGCUCUCCUUUGUAGCGCCUCAAAAAAUAAUGUAUUUAUGGGGCUAAAAACCAAGUUUAAAACAGAGAAAGGAUGAUAAUGAAAGGCACCAGCCCCUGCACACCUCAUAACUCUACCCCUUUCCAAAAGCAACAACUUACAAGUGUAUCCAAAUACAUGAUACUUCUUGAUUUAUUGAUAGAUGUUGGUAACACAUUUACCUAGUUUUUCUGUUCUCAUUACCUUUCUCAUCUCUUCCUAUGAAAUUUUUAUGGUGACAGGUUUUUUUUUUAAAUGCUGGGGACUGGGCUGGGGAUGUGGCUCAAGCAGUAGCGCGCUUGCCUGGCAUGCAUGUGGCCCGGGUUCGAUCCUCAGCAGCACGUACAGAGAUGUUAUGCCUGCCGGAAACUAAAAAAAAAAAAUGUUGGGGACUGAACCUGGGGCACUGUGCAUGUGAGGCAAGCACUCUACCAACUGAGCUAUAUGCCCAGCCCCUGGGAUUGUGGCUCAGGGGUAGGCAGUGCUUGCCUACUAUGUGCCAAAUACCUUAAUUGAAACCAGGGGCACUUAACCCUUUAAACUUUUCAUUUUGAGAUAGGGUCUUGCUAAGAUGCUUAGGUGAGGUUGGUCUAUCUUCCCUACGAUUUCUAGUGUUUAUACCAAUAAGAUUUCAGGUUAACUAGUCUCUAAAUCAACAAAGCCCAUCUAUUGAAUUCUGAUUGUUCUAUUUUAGAAUUUCAUCUAACUUCAAGAUCCCUUAUCUUUUCCUUAUUUUGUGAAAAUACUGUUUGUUUUGAUUCAAACAUUUGAAUCACCCUGGGUGUUUUUUCCCCUCUUGGUUUCUUGAAACUUAAGUAUGCUGGCAAUUUUUGAGUGGAUGCUGAUCAUUGUAACUACAAAUAAUAGUACAUUAGGCACCGUCUUCCUCCAAAGAGGAAAGCAGGUCAACUCCCUAAA